AUGGAUAUUAGAAGAAGGAAUACUCGGAAAUACAGUUUCAUAUGUCCUGAUCUUAAGGAAUUGAGAAAGCUAACAUCUUUUGUGGAUGAUCCUAAGGAUUUCAGAGACCGUUUUGGGAAACUUUUGUCUAUUCUAUCUAUCAAUGUUGAAAAUGUUUCUGAUAGGGUUCAUUUUUAUGGUUUGGAAGGGAUUCUCAAGUCACAAGUUAUUGUUGGAGCUACUCACCUGAAGAAAUUUGACGUAGAUGCUAAUCUCACUAUCAAAGGAGGUAUAAGAGGGUUGACUUUAAAAUUUCUGAUUGAGCGAGCCUCUUUGUUUGCUAAUGUUGAUAGCAUGGUGGACUUUGAAGCUAUUCUGGCCUUACUCGUCUAUGGUUUGGUCUUGUUUCCCAAUAAUGACAAUUUUAUUGAUGUUAAUUCUAUUAGGAUCUUUUUGGUUGGGAAUCAUGUUCCAACUUUGAUCGGUGGCACCUAUUUCUCCAUUCAUCAUAGGACUUUUAAGGGAAACGAAACUAUUAUCUAUUAUGCACCUUUAUUGUACGAGGGGUUUAUUUCACACUUGCCGCAGUCUCCUACCUUCAAAGAAAACAAGGGUUGUUUAAGGUGGUCUCAAAGGCUUAUGUCUCUCAACAUUGAUGACAUUACUUGGUAUUCUUUUGUUUACGACAACGACAAUACUAUUGAUAGUUGUGGGGAGUUCUCUAAUGUGCCUUUUAUUGGCACACAAGGUGGAAUGAACUACAAUUCAGCUUUGGCAAGACUCUAA